UGUGGCAGCACUCACUGAUUGCAUGAGGAUUAAAUCUCUGGCAAAGUUUUUUCGGGAGCGUCAGGCACAGUUGAAGCGUUCGCUACCUUUGGGUUCUUAUCUACUCAAACCUGUUCAGAGGAUCCUGAAAUACCACCUGCUGCUCCAGGAGAUAGCGAAGCACUUUGACCCUGAGGAGGAGGGGUAUGAGGUGGUGGAGGAGGCGAUCUACACGAUGACGGGCGUGGCCUGGUACAUCAAUGACAUGAAGAGGAAACAUGAACAUGCUGUCAGGCUGCAGGAGGUUCAGUCUCUGCUGUUGAACUGGAAAGGUCCUGACCUCACCACGUACGGAGAACUGGUUUUGGAGGGAACCUUCAAAGUUCAUCGAGCCAAGAACGAGAGAACGCUGUUCUUGUUUGAUCGCGUGCUGCUCAUCACCAAACGCCGCGGAGAACACUACGUCUAUAAAACGCACAUCUCAUGUUCCACUCUGAUGUUGAUCGAAAACGCCAAAGAUUCUCUGAGCUUCAGCGUCACUCAUUACAAACAUCCCAAACAACCACACACCGUCCAGGUCAACCCCCGACAUCUCACACACCACAGCAUUUUUUUUGUGUGUGACAGAUACACAGCUCAGUAAAGUGAGGGAACCUUAAUGUCCAGUUUAAAGUUAAACUUCAGAUCAAUGUGUCCAUUUAGAAGAACAAGUGAUUGUGAAUCAGUUUCUCUGCUUUAAUGCAAAUCAAAGUAACAAGGUCAUCAGACAGGGAAUGUUUUUAAUGUGGUGUCCACAGACAGCUGCUCUCUCCUGGUCCUUCCUGACUCAUUCUAGUUCUAUGUCCUUCUCGAGUCCUUGUCACUACUUGAGGCGCUACCUGCAGCACCAUCAGGGUGCACAGGUAGUCCAGCUCCUCCAGGAGGACACAUCCAUACUUGUGGUCACAAGAAGGUUUGUGUCUCCAGCACAGUCUCCAGAGCCUGGAGGAGACACCAGGAGAUGUUAAACCAGGAGACACCAGGAGACGAUACACCAGGGUACAUUACACCCAGGAGACACCAGGAGAGCUGGACAGUAGAAGAGCAUCAACCUAGCAGCAGGUAUCUGCUCCUUGUGAGGAGGAACAGGAGGAGCACUGCUCUACAAAAUGACCUCCAGCAGGUUACUGGUGUGUUUCUGACCAAACUGUCAGAAACAGACUACAUGAGGAGACAUGACGUCCUCUAGUGGGACCUUAGCUCACAGUCCAGCACUGAGCAGCUCCAUUCACCUGAGAACACCAGGACCAGCAGGUUCACCACUGGAGCCUYGUUCUCCUCACAGAUGAGCAGGUUCACACUGAACACAUGUGACAGAUGUGAAAGGAUCUGGAGAAGCUGUGGUGAACGUGACGCUGCUGUAACAUCAUCUA